GGGCUUCCGAACUCGACGAAUUUCGGUGUCCUGGACAACAAUCACUAUCUUUCUCAACCGGCCCUCAUUCCAUAAACCAUAUACAACAAGGUCAUUGUGUCGGAAAAUGGCGGACGUCGAGCAACCUCGUCCGGUGGAAUCUCCGGCAAAGCACGUCCUGUACUGUGGAGUCUGUACACUGCCUGUAGAAUAUUGCGAAUUCGGCGGAACGGCGAAAAAGUGCGAAGACUGGCUGAAAGACACGCACCCGGACGCGUAUCAGCAGCUCUAUUCUGAAGAGGCUCUGACUUCCAAGCUAUCUUCACUUUCGGUGUCUGCCCAGGAGCGUGCUGCUAAGGAUGCGGCUAAGAAGGAAGCAAAGGCUGCCGCCGCAGAGGCACGAGAUGCAGAGCGAAAGGCCGCUUCCAAGGUACAUAUCAAACGCGUUGAACGUAACAAGCGCAAACAUGUCACUGUCAUCACGGGCUUGGACAUAUACGGAUUGGAGAACAAGAAGCUCGCCAAAGAGCUUGGUAAGAAAUUUGCGACUGGUUCCUCCAUGACUCGCUCUGCUGGAGGCACCGAGGAGAUUACAGUUCAGGGUGAUGUCAGUGAAGACGUGAAAGAAUGGUUGUUGGAAUUUUAUGCCAAGGAAAUCCCUGAGGUCAACAUUGAGCUUAUUGAAGACAAGAAAAAGAAGUCGAGCAGCUGAUUCAAUGUCUUUCGAUGACCUAUCAUAUAACGGCAGACUAAACGCUUAAUGUACUAAAUCGGAUGCUUAGAUGCAACUGGGUAUCACACGCAAAAGCCAAUAUUAAUGCAAUGGGGUCGGGGCCGACCUUGACCUUCAUGCCGAGAGUACAGAGACAGGACGCCGCACUUAUAGCUUAU